UCUUUCACUGGGGUUGCACCACAGAUGAAUUCAAGAAACCACUGACAUGGUUUGAAGUGGUUCUAACUUUUUAUUUAGUUUAAAGAAAUGAAAAGCUGGAUUAGAAAUAAUCACAGCAAAGAAGAUUCAAAGUACCCAAAAUUGAGACUGCAACUCUUGAAUCCUAUUUCAGCUUUUCCCACCUAUAAAAAUUUGUGUUCUCUCUUUCACCCCCAACCAAGAAAAUUGCUCUCCCCCUCCUUCUCUCAGCAUCAUUUAGCCCAAAGCAUCAUGCACACCUGAAGUUCCAUUGUUUCUUCCCAUCCCAGUUUCCUAUAGUACAUUUCAUAUACCAAACAUUGUCUUUUACCGUUACAGAGUACCAAGAGAGAAACAGGAGUUUAUGAGCAUCUAGUUCAUGGGAGCUAUGGAAGCAAGGUUACAGGAUCAAUUUGUACCAGUAGUUGAGGCCCCACCUACAGUGAGGGAACCCAGUCGCUAUUCCCAUCGAUCAAUCGAAACUCUGAUUGUAGUGCUGGCUGUGAUCACUAUCGUAGGUGUUAUUGCAGGUAUCAUUGCUCGACUUUGUGGUGGAAGGCAUUUUGGUGGAAAUGGGGAGAAUGACAUAGAAGGAUGGAUAGAAAAGAAGUGUAGAAGUUGCAUUGAUGGUGGAGUCCCUGCUGUAGCUGCAUCUCCCCCACAAGAAUCAAAACCAGCAACAGAAGAGGAAAAGAAAUGAAGAUUCAUGCAUAGAUGGAAUGCCUUGAUGCAAACGUAAGUAAUUAUUGAUUAGUUCAAAACUCCAAAUUGUAUGUUGUGGAGAUGCUGUAGUGGAAACAUUAUAACUGUGGAUUAGCAGCUUCUGUCUACAAUAUUUUACUUAUUACUUCAUUCUUUACCAUGGCAGCAUAACAGAACAGUGCCUUUAAUGGAACAUAUUUCUUCUUUUAAUGGUACAUGUGCUUCACCGGAUCUAGGAUUUUUUAUAAAAUUGUUGACAGAUUUAUUAAUUUUAUCGAUGAAAAGAGUGAAAGUUUUGAAGGUAAGGUGUCCAUAGACACCCUACUUCAAACGGUAUCCGUCCCUGCAUAUAUGAAAAAUUGA